AUGACUGCAAGAACUCGAAGCGAAAGUAUGCUAGAACGUCGUAGACAGAUUAGUGUCACAGGGUUACCUACUCUAGAUGACGUAACAGAAAUUAAGAAAGGAUUUAACAGGUGUAUUCACUAUUGGCUUAUUAAAGACAGGAAUGUAGCUAAUACUCGAGAUUAUUAUAAUUCUUUAGCCUGGACUAUAAGAAAUCGCUUAGCUGGACGUUGGAUAAGAACUGAACAAUUACAUUACGCUAAAGAUCCCAAACGUGUUUAUUAUCUGUCUUUGGAAUUUGAUAUAGGAAGAAGUUUAAGAAAUGCAAUUAUGAAUUUAGGAAUGAGAGAAACUUGUGACCAAGCGUUAUAUGAACUUGGUCUCGAUCUCGAAGAACUUGCAGAUGCUGAAGAAGAUAUAGGAUUGGGACAUGGAGGUCUUGGUAGAUUGGCUGCAUGUUUCUUAGAUUCCAUGGCUACUCUGGGCCUAGCGGCUUACGGAUAUGGCAUUCGUUAUGAAUAUGGAAUAUUUCGUCAAAGAAUCGAAAAUGGAGAACAAAGGGAAGAUCCUGAUGAUUGGCUAGCUUUUGGAAACGUAUGGGAAAGAUCUAGAGCGGAACAUGUGAAUGAAGUACAUUUUUAUGGCAAAGUUGUCAAAGAUUUACGUGGUUAUAAAUGGGUCGAUACGCAAGUCGUAAAUGCUAUACCCUACGAUUAUCCUAUUCCGGGCUUUGAAAAUAAUGUAGUAAAUAUUCUGCGUUUGUGGUCUGCAAGAUCUCCAACAAGUUUCGAUCUCAAUUUUUUUCAUGACGGAGAUUACAUCAAAGCUGUAAUAAAACGGAAUGAAGCUGAAAACAUUACUCGCGUACUUUAUCCAGCAGACAAUUUUUUGCUAGGAAGAGAACUUCGAUUAAAACAAGAGUACUUUUUCGUUACCGCUGCAGUUCAAGAUAUUAUACGCCGGUAUAAAUUCUGGAAGUUUGGAACCAAUGAAUCUAUGCGAAAGACAUUCGAAAAAUUCCACACUAAAGUUGCUAUUCAGUUAAACGAUACCCAUGCAUCUCUUGCAAUUCCAGAACUAAUGCGAAUUCUUUUAGAUGUAGAACACUUGUCUUGGGAAAAGGCGUGGGAUAUUACGACAAGGACCUGCGCCUAUACAAAUCACACGGUUUUGCCUGAAGCAUUGGAAAAAUGGCCAGUAACUAUGUUCGGAAACCUUUUACCUCGUCAUAUGCAAAUUAUUUACGAAAUAAACGCUAAAUUUCUUAGAGAAGUUAAACAAAUAUGGCCAGAUGAUACUGACAGACUGAGCCGAAUGUCUCUGAUAGAAGAAGACGAACCAAACAGAAUUAAUAUGGCUCAUUUAGCCAUAAUAGGUUCUCACACUGUUAAUGGAGUGGCUGCUAUACACACGGAGAUUUUAAAAAAAGAUCUUUUCAAAGAUUUUUAUGAAAUGAUGCCGUAUAAGUUUCAAAACAAAACAAAUGGUGUGACUCCUCGACGUUGGUUAUUGCUUUGCAAUCCUGACCUUUCUGAGGCUAUUAGUGAAAAAAUUGGAGACCAGUGGAUCACACAUCUGGAUCAACUUCAAGAAUUGAAAAACUACCUUAAUGACAGAGAUUUUAUUAAAACCAUUAUGAAGGUUAAGCAAGCAAAUAAGACUAAGCUAGCGAAUUAUCUUGCGCAAUAUUACAAUGUGCGUAUCAACAUCAAGUCUAUGUUCGACGUACAAGUGAAGAGAUUUCACGAGUAUAAAAGACAGUUACUUAAUUGUUUACACAUUAUCACAAUGUAUAAUAAAAUUAAAAGAAAUCUUGAUUCUCCAUUCGUGGCGCGGACUGUAAUAAUUGGUGGAAAAGCAGCUCCAGGUUAUCAUGUAGCGAAAGACAUUAUUAGACUAGUUUGCGCAGUAGCAAGUGUUGUUAAUAAUGACAGUGUUGUAGGUAACAAAUUGAAAGUAAUUUUUUUAGAAAAUUAUAGAGUAACACUUGCUGAAAUUAUUAUACCAGCUGCUGAUCUCAGUGAACAGAUUUCAACGGCUGGAACUGAAGCUUCAGGAAUAGGGAAUAUGCAAUUCAUGAUGAAUGGAGCUUUGACCAUAUGCACCUUAGAUGGAGCUAACAUUGAAAUCAAGGAAGAAGUGGGUGAUGAGAAUAUAUUUACAUUCGGUAUGACAGUUGAAGAAGUAGAAGAGAUGAAAUGCAAAGGUUAUGAUGCGUGGAGCUACUACAAGAGGCUAGAUGACUUGAGAGAAGCAAUAGAUCAGAUCAAUGACGGUCAUUUCUCUCCUCAUGAUCCACACGCGUUUAAAAGUCUUGUUAAUAUUUUGAUGAAUCGUGAUCGUUAUUUUGUUCUGGCUGACUAUGAAUCUUACAUAGAAUGCCAGGAAAAGGUUAGCGAACUAUACACUAAACCACAAGAUUGGGUGAAAAUGGCAAUAAUAAAUAUUGCAUCUUCCGGGAAAUUUUCAAGUGAUAGGACAGUUAACGAAUACUCAACAGAAAUCUGGGGCGUGACACCAACAUACGAGAAGUUGCCUGAUCCAGAUAAUCUUAAAAUUUUAUAA